AUGUCGAAUUCUAGUGUUAUUGAUGGUGAUUUGUAUUCUUCUAUGAGUGAGAGUGAAGAAGAAGAUGUUGAGAACUCAUUUUUUGAAGGUGGUGGAUCUUCAAGUUCAGUACAUGUUGUACAAUAUUUUGAUGAUAUAAUUGGAGAACAUGUCUAUAAGCCAGAUGUACCUGUUCAACUUAUUCCAUUUAAGGGUUUAGUCUUCAAAUCAUUAAAGUUGGCUAUCAAAAUGUAUUAUGAGUAUGCUGAAAUUGGUGGUUUUGAUGUUAGACUGAGCACACAGUCAAGGUUUGAUAACAAGAUUAUAAAGAAGAAGCAUGUUAUAUGUAAUCGUGCUGGUAAACAAAAAAAGAAAUCUUGUGACACAUUAGGUACAAGUGGUGUUAGGAGGAAACGAAAUUCAAAUUCAAGAGCUAUUGGUUGUCAAGCAAAGAUUAUAUUUGAAUCUGUGUAUGGAACUCCAGAUUAUAAAGUUUUUCAGUUUGAUGAACUUCACAACCAUCCACUUGAGAAGAGAAGCGAUUUAAAAAAGGCGAGACAAAUGUCAUAUUCAGAAAAAGAGUUUAUUGUGCGUGCUUCCACAUCAAAAAUAGGUCCAACUAUGGCUCAUAAGUUGAGGUCAAGUCUGAGAGGUGGGUAUGAGUUUGUAAAGCCCAAAGUAGUUGACUAUAAAAAUUUAAGGAGAGAUAUCAACAUGGUUAUUGGUUAUAAAGAUGCCCAAAUGAUAGUAAACACAAUGAAUGACCGUCGAGCUCACUAUCCAAAUUACUCAUUUGAGUUUAAUUGUCAAGAUGAUGUUUUGGACUGUAUGUUUUGGGCUGAAGAAAUGGAAAAGGCAUAUUAUGUUGAAUUUGGUGAUGUUAUCUCAUUUGAUGUGACUUUCCGAACAAACAAGUAUCGAAUGGUUUUUGUUCCGUUUACUGCUAUUUACCAUCAUAAAAAAUCGGUUACUGUUGGAUCUGGGUUGCUAAGCAAUGAAAGAAUUGAGUCUUACUCUUGGUUGCUUAAAGCAUUUCUUAAAACUCAUGGGAAAGAACCAACACUUGUUUUAACCGAUCAAGAUGCUGCAAUAAAACAAGCUGUUGAGAAUGUGUUUCGUAAUUCAAAGCACUGA